ACGUCAGCAGUGCCAGUGAUGAUGACUAAGACUAAUCUGCAUUUCACUUCUCAAAGUCUUAACAUUCCUAAAGACGAUAAGGAUUGCUGAUGUGUUGCUCUUUCUCUGUUUCUUUCUGCUGCCUGGGACCCAUGCAGGCAUUCAGUACAAGACAAUAAAUGAUGAUUCCUGAAUUAAUCAGCAUAAUUCCCUGUAUUGGAUCUAGCUUUGGAUUCCGUCCCAGUUGUGCUCUCACGUCUCUCGCCUACAUUGUAUCCUGACCUGUUCAAAGACGGCCAAGGUAAACAGUGCUGGAAUCAUGUCAGAGAUCGGACACGUUAGAGACACACGGGUCACCAGGAGUGGCUCAGACCAGGAUGAGAAGCAGCCGAAACCGCGGCCGAGGAAAAGUGUGAAGAAGAACGCAGGAUGGGGACACAUUGCUAUGUUGGACAAAAUAGAGGACUUCUUUCAGAUCUGUGACAGCGAGGGAAAGGGCUUCAUCACACGCACUGAUAUGAGGAGGCUACUCAAAGAAUUGCCACUCACUGCUGAGGAACUCGAGAAUGUUUUUGACUCGCUAGACCUGGAAAAAAAUGGAUACCUGACCAUGGGAGAGUUUUCCUCCGGAUUCAGUAACUUUCUUUACGGACGAAGAGUCUCCAAGACUGAGGAACUAAUGAAUACACCCUCUCAGAGCUCAGGGGAUGAAGAGCUGUCAGGGAAAGAGGAUGAUGAAGAGAGACAUUUCAGCGUGUUGAUGGAGAGCUUGGGUGCUAGCAAUAUGUUUGAGGACCCGAGUGAGGUUCGCAGCCUGUGGACUCAGCUCAGGAAGGAUGAGCCUAACCUCCUGUCCAACUUCGAAGAGUUCCUGGCCCGUGUCACAUAUCAAAUCAAAGAGGCGCAACAAGAGAGGAAGGAGAUGGAGAGCACCCUCAGAAGGAAAGCAGCCACACAUGACAACGAAAUUCGCAGAUUAUAUGAGGAAAUGGAGCAACAGAUCAUUAAUGAAAAAGAUCAAGCAAUUCUGAAGGACUCUGAAAAUCUGCAGUUGCGCAGUCAGGACCUCCAGCAGCGGCUCCGUAGUAAAGAACAGGAUUUGGAGCAGCUUUUCCAAAAACAAAGGAGGUUAGAGCGACAAUGCCGUGACCUUCAUAGCGAACAACAGGAGAGUCGACUGGAGAAUGUUAAACUGAAAAUGACCAAUGAGGAGUUGUCUCGUGAACUUGAGCACACCUGCCAGGAGCUGGAGUUGGCUCAGGAGCAGCUGGGCAUUCUGCAGGAGCAGGCGUCUCGACUACAGCAGGAGAGAGAGAUGGAGAUGUACAGAAUCACAGAAGGCUUGCAGAGAGAAAAACACAGCUUGAUGAAACAGUUAGAUCUACUCAGAGAAAUGAAUAAACAUCUGCGAGAUGAGCGAGACAUUAGCUUUCUGAAACGCAGCAAUUCAAUGAAGAAAUCCUCACGCAAGCACAGACUGAGCGCAGCUUCAAUAAAAUACACUGAGAGGAAACCAUCUGUCAAAAAAGAAGUUGACGAAGAGGAAGUGACUCAGCGCUCUAACAGGAAGACCACCUCUUUAGCAAACAGUCAAUGUUCACCCUUCACCGCAGGGGAUGAUGGGAAGCCGGAGGUGGAUGUGCAAUCUCAGAAGGUGUCUGGGGACUCGGAAGGUGUAAAUGACAGAGGGGAUGUGGAGGAUGCGCCACCGGAUGGUUGGCCUCUACGCAGAGUCAUAUCCAUCGAGGAGGACCACCUCCCCCACCUGUUACAAGGAGACCCUCACCUUCUUCUGCAUCAGCUCAGUGAGGAAGAAGAAGAGCGAGCCGGAGAGGAAGAAGUUCAGGGGGAUCUAGAGACGAGCUCUCUCUACCCGUCCAAUGCGUCUCUGGCCUCUGCUGACUCUCCACCACCAGUUAGGGUGAAGAAGCCGUCUAAGUCGAAGUGGAUCAGAGGAAACAUGCCCUCGUCUGCACGGGGUCAGCCUGUCGGAAAGGAGACCCACCAGCAGGGUCCAGCAGAAGGUGCUGCCGCAUCCCCUCAACGCCUCUUUAAGGUCAUUCUGGUGGGAAACUCCAGUGUUGGUAAAACCGCACUGCUGAGACGCUUCUGUGAUGGACAGUUUCAUUCUGCCACCUCAGCCACUGUGGGCAUUGACUAUAGUGUGCGGACUCUGAAUUUGGGGGACUGUCACUUUGCCCUUCAGCUAUGGGACACUGCAGGCCAAGAAAGGUAUCGCAGCAUUACCAAGCAGUUUUUCCGCAAGGCAGAUGGCGUGGUGGUCAUCUACGACAUAACAAUGGAGGACAGUUUCAGAUCAGUCCGCCCCUGGCUGACCAGCAUACAGGAGGCCGUAGGCGACCCUAUCCCGGUCAUGCUCCUGGGAAACAAAUCGGACCAGGAGAAUGUGCGAGAAGUGCAGACAAAGGAGGCUGAUAUGCUUGCAGAGGAAACAAACCUGAUGUUCUACGAGUGCAGUGCUUAUACUGGAGCUAAUGUGUUGGAGGCCAUGAUACAUCUGGCCAGAGUCCUGAGGGAACAGGAAGACAGAGUAUGGGUGAACACGGUCAGACUGGUGGAUCAACCACUGAAGAAGAAAUCCUGCUGCAAGUGACCACACACACAUACACACUUAUGGGUGAAAUCACUGCGCUUUAUGUAUCA